AAAACUUCAUCCCUACAUUUCUAAUAAAUUUAUCAUUCCAACCCAAGAAUGUGUUUCUCAUUUUCAUGGCACUUUCUUUUGGCUCUUUUCACAUUUGUGCUCUUCGUUUCUAAUUCCACCUUUGCCCAAAUGAACGUCAUCGACCAGUGCUGGAGAUGGAAUCCUAAUUGGCGGAGCCACCGCUUAGAGCUCGCCAAAUGCUCAGUGGGUUUUGCUGGCAAGAUGAUCAAUAAUAUUGGAAAAGGUGUUGUGCAUUAUAAAGUAACCGAUCCUUCUGAUGAUCCUUUGAAUCCUAAACCGGGAACGUUGAGAUAUGGUGCCUCGAUGAUUAAAGGAAAAGUGUGGAUCACUUUUAAAAGGAACAUGAAAAUCACACUCCAUAAACCACUACUUAUUAGCAGCUUCACCGCCAUUGACGGUCGUGGUGUUGAUGUUCAUAUUGCAGGCCCUUCAUGCCUCUUGGUAUACAAGGCAACUGAUGUAAUAAUACAUGGGUUAAGGAUCUACCACUGCAAGUCACAGCCAGCCAGCUUGGUCAUGGGAUCGGAUGGAAACGUUGUUCAGCUUGGUCAAGUUGAUGGGGAUGCAAUCAGACUAGUUACUGCAAGGAAAAUUUGGAUAGAUCACAAUACCUUGUAUGACUGUGAGGAUGGUCUACUUGAUGUCACUCGCGGAUCCACAGAUGUUACUGUCUCUAACAAUUGGUUCAGAAACCAGGACAAGGUCAUGCUUCUUGGACAUGAUGACGGCUACGUGAGAGACAAGGGCUUGAAGGCCACCGUUGUCUUUAACCAUUUUGGACCUAACUGCAACCAGCGUAUGCCAAGGGUUCGUCAUGGAUAUGCACAUGUAGCUAACAAUCUCUAUCAGGGAUGGAAACAGUAUGCCAUUGGAGGAAGCAUGGAUCCUAGCAUCAAGAGUGAAGCAAAUUUCUUCAUUGCCCCAGAGGGGAGCAAGGAGGUGACAUGGAGGCUCGGCAACAAUGGGGACAACGUAUUGUGGAAAUUUUACUCAGUAGGAGAUCUUUUCACAAAUGGAGCUUCUUUCAAACAAACCGGCAUCGGUGGGGCAAAGCCUAAUUAUAACCAUGAACAGAGUUUCAAGGUCGCAAAUGCCAAACUAGUAAAGGCAUUAACAAGUUCAUCAGGAAUUUUGAAGUGCUCCAAAACAUCAAAAUGCUGAUUAAAGAAUAGAGAUUAUAUAUAUAUAUAUAUAUAGACAACAUAGUAUAAUGGGAGAAUUGUGCACUGAAUAUUUUCUUCUCCUUGAUCAAACAAAUAUUUCACUCAGCU